UGCUCAGUGCUGGGCGGAAGCUGCUGUACAGCAUGGUGGCAGGCUGCUGUAUGAACCAUGGCGCUGAGGAGUUUAACGAAUCCUGUAAAAGCUGCUCUAAAUCUCUGUGUUUUUAAUUCACACGCAGAAACCUGUGCUCUAGCGGGUCUGAGAGGUUCAGUGGGUGUUCGCGGAUACGCUAAGAAAGUCGCUGCUAAAGGGAAGGGAAAAGGCAUGAUGAAGGAUGUGCAGAAGGGUCCAGAGGUGUGCAAAGAUCCAGAGAAACUCGUAUCGCAUGCUGUAGGAGUAAACAUCUUCAAACAGGGUGAAGAUCCGCCAAUUAAACCCAAAGAUGAAUAUCCAGAAUGGCUGUUUCAGCUGAACCUUGGCCCUGCCAAAAAACUGGAAGAAAUGGAUUCAGAGAGUCACGAAUACUGGAAACGUCUACGAAAGGAGAACAUAUGGCGGUUUAACAGAUUACACAAGGGUAAAAAGUUCUGAGAGACAAAGAGCUACACGCCCUGAUAAGACCAGGAUUUAAGUGACUCUUGGUGGAAAGGAACUGGCUGAUUUUAGGAAUUUGGUUCCUCGUUGAGCGUUCCACUACUUUCCCCAAAACAUGUCUGGAUUUCAGCUUCCUGUAAAUCUGCAAUGUCAAGACCACAAGUACCUGUGAUAGCGUGCAGUAUUUGGUAGUGCACUGGUUGUAUUUCACAAUGGUGGAUUUUUCACUAAGCUGUAUAAACUUGGACAGAAGUGGAAGCUUGUCCAGCAGGAACUUUAGUUGUCCUUUAUUGGACAGGCCUGGACUUUUGAACUGUUUAUGAAGCUCAGUUACACAAGCCAGGAUUGAUCAACAUUUGCUCUCUUAAAAAUAAAUAUUCCUAAAAAGA